AUGAACACCGUCAAGAAGGUUCUUUCGCGCAAGUCGCAGUCUGGUGACGACUCGUCGGACGACGGCCGUCUCUCGUCGUCGACCGCCCCCACCUCCAACCCUGGCUCGCCCGCCAGCCGCCAGAAGGAGUUCAACUCGGUUGACUCUGUCACCGCUGGCCACCACUCCACCCGCACCACCAAGCCCAGCACCACCGAGAAGAUCGAGAACAAGAUCGAGCACGGUCUUGGCCGAUCCAGCGACGUUCACGCUACCGACGGCAGCAUCCGCCACAAGCACGGCCACGACGUGAACAGCUCCAAGCACCUCGACCUGAACAGCGGUAAGGUUGACCAGGACGUCCAGCACCUUGCUGCCGUCACUCACGAGACGCACCAGCGCCACGAGGUGGAGGAGGUGCAGCGCCAGCGCGAGCACGAGCGCCACGUGCACCACGUCCAGCACCACGUCCAGCCCGUUCUGGACUCGGAGCACUCUGCCGAGAAGGUUCACUCCAAGAUCCACCCCGUUACCAAGGUGCACGAGACGCACGCCUCGACCGACAAGGAUGCUGCCCUGCUCACCUCGGUCGCUGGCAAGCACCAGGACCAGUACACCGAGGCACCCGUGCACCGCCAGGUUGUCGACAAGGGUGAGAUCGUCAACGAGAACCUCCACCACCACAUCCACAACGUUGUGCAGCCCGUCAUCGAGAAGGACUCGCACGAGUACCACCGCAUCCAGACCGUCAUCCCCACGCACGUUGUCACUCACGAGGCGCCCAUCGUCCACGAGUCGACCCAGCACAAGCCCGUCAGCAAGGACGAGUUCCUCUCGGGCGGCGGCAGCCUCGACAACAAGCUGCGCUCGGUUCACGAGGCCAACCUGCUCAACACGGGCAAGUGCGACCGCAAGGUCGACGGUGUUGCCGAGAAGCUCGAGCGCGAGCUCGGCCUCAAGAGCAGCAUCACCCCCACCACCGGUGCCACCAAGAACACCACCUCCACCACCACUGCUAUCUAA